UGCGCGCGCAUUCGUUUUGUUGCUUGGCGUUAACAGAUUGUGUAGAGCUGUUUCUGUUGUGCUGUUUGUUAUUUUCCACGUUAUAGCGUUAUUUUUUACCAUUUCUAGCAGUUUAUUGAUUUGUUAACACUUCUAAAGAUGUCGGAUACACCAAGCUCCCCAGCACCAAACGUACCGUCGGAUAUGGAUCGACGAAACUUCCGGUCCGGGGCCACUUCUCCGGUCGGUGAUUUCGAGCCGUUUGAAGAUGAGGCGGAAAUUCUUGGCGACACUACCGUCCGUGACGAGAUUUACGAUGAGGAAGAGGCGGACGGGGAAGAGCUAUUUGGGGAUAAUAUGGAGGCAGACUAUCGCCCUGCGCCCCAUCUCGACCGGUACGACAUGGACGAUCUGGAUACGGAAGAGUACAGCGACAUCUCGCAGGCGGAUCGCGCAGCGGCCGAAGCAGAGAUGCGCCGGCGAGACCGUGAUGCCGGAGUGCACCGUGAUCAUCGCGAUCUGUUCUACGACAAGAGCGACGACGAAGACGAUAUCCCGCGGGCCAAAAGGCGUGCCGCUGAAAAGGCUGCCGAAAUCGGAGCCGAAACGGAAACCGAUGCCGAGAUGGUGGAAUCAAUCGAAAACCUCGAGGACACAAAGGGCCACAGCAUCAAGGAGUGGGUGUCAAUGUUGGGCCCACGGACAGAGAUUUCGAACCGCUUCAACAGCUUCUUGCGCACCUUCGUCGACGAUAAGGGCCAUUAUGUGUACCGGGAGCGCAUUCGACGCAUGUGCGAGCAGAACAAUUCGAGCUUUGUAGUGUCGUUUUCAGACCUGGCGCACAAUCAGCAUGUGCUGGCGUACUUCCUGCCCGAGGCGCCCUUCCAAAUGCUCGACAUUUUGGACAAGGUGGCCAAGGAGAUGGUGUUGAGUCUGUACCCGACGUACGAGCGUGUGACGAACGAGAUUCAUGUGCGCAUUUCCGAUCUUCCGCUAGUGGAGGAGCUGCGCACCUUCCGUAAGCUUCACCUGAACCAGCUUGUGCGCACACUGGGCGUUGUCACGGCAACGACGGGUGUGCUGCCGCAGCUCUCCGUCAUCAAGUACGACUGCGUCAAGUGUGGCUACGUGCUGGGACCGUUCGUGCAGAGCCAGAACACGGAAGUUAAGCCCGGCUCCUGUCCCGAGUGUCAAAGUGUUGGUCCGUUCUCGAUCAACAUGGAGCAGACGCUGUACCGGAACUAUCAGAAGAUCACGCUUCAGGAGUCUCCGGGAAGAAUUCCGGCCGGACGUAUACCCCGCAGCAAGGAUUGCGUGCUGCUGGCCGAUCUGUGCGAUCAGUGCAAACCGGGUGAUGAAAUCGAGGUGACGGGCAUUUACACCAACAACUACGACGGAUCGCUCAACACGGAGCAGGGCUUCCCGGUGUUUGCAACGGUGCUGAUCGCGAACCAUCUGGUGGUGAAGGACAGUAAGCAGGUGGUGGCCUCACUGACCGACGAGGACAUUUCGACAAUCCAGCGUCUGAGCCGCGAUCCGCGCAUCAGCGAUCGCAUCACGCAGAGCAUGGCACCGUCGAUCUACGGUCACGAGUACAUCAAGCGAGGGCUAGCGCUGUGUCUGUUCGGGGGCGAAUCGAAGAACCCGGGCAACAAGCACAAAAUCCGCGGCGAUAUCAACAUUCUGCUGUGCGGUGAUCCGGGAACGGCCAAGUCCCAGUUCUUGAAGUACACGGAAAAGAUUGCACCGCGGGCAGUGUUUACCACGGGCCAGGGUGCUUCGGCGGUCGGUUUGACGGCGUACGUACGGCGCAACCCAACGACGCGCGAGUGGACCCUCGAGGCGGGCGCCCUGGUGCUGGCGGAUAUGGGCGUUUGUCUGAUCGACGAGUUUGACAAGAUGAACGAUCAGGACCGUACCUCGAUCCACGAGGCGAUGGAGCAGCAGUCGAUUUCGGUUUCGAAGGCGGGUAUUGUUACGUCGCUGCAGGCCCGUUGUGCGGUGAUUGCUGCGGCCAACCCGAUCGGCGGACGGUACGACCCGAGCAUGACGUUCUCGGAGAACGUGAACCUUUCCGAGCCGAUCUUGUCGCGUUUCGACAUCCUGUGCGUGGUGAAGGACGAGUUCGAUCCGAUGCAGGAUAAGCAUUUGGCCGAGUUCGUGGUUGCUUCGCACAUCAAGCAUCAUCCCUCGAAGGAGGCCGAAGAGCCCGACACACAACCGGAGGACACGAUGCAGAUCCCACAGGACCUGCUGAAGAAGUACAUCGUGUACGCGAAGGAGAACGUCCAUCCGAAGCUGUCGAACAUGGACCAGGACAAGAUUGCUAACAUGUACUCGCAGCUGCGCCAGGAGUCGCUCUCGACCGGAUCACUGCCGAUCACGGUGCGCCACAUCGAGAGUGUCAUUCGUAUGUCGGAAGCCCACGCCCGGAUGCAUCUGCGCGACACGGUGCAGGACGUGGACGUGAACAUGGCCAUCCGCAUGAUGCUGGAAAGCUUUAUCGAGGCGCAAAAGUUCAGCGUAAUGAAGAAGAUGCGCGCCACCUUCCAGAAGUACCUGUCGUUCCAGCGCGACCAUUCGGAGCUGCUGUUCUUCAUUCUUCGCCAGCUCACGCUCGACCAGCUGGCGUACCAGCGCUGCAAGGAGGCCGGACGGCGAGGCAAGCAGACGGAGGGUGAUCGGCCACGAACCACCGUGGUCGAGGUGAUGGAGCGGGAUCUGUCCGAGCGGGCGAAGGCGAUCGACAUUUUCAACCUGAAACCAUUCCUCGAAAGCGAACUGUUCCGACAGAAUGGGUUCACCUACGACGCCAAACGGAAGGUGAUCGUCCAGGUGGUUCCGGAAGCAGCCGAGCCGUAGAGUUCGUUCUUUCUGCGCAACUAGCUUUAAGUCGGCUAAAGUUUAUUAACGUUUACACCAUUAUUUCUUUUACACAUUUUCUCAUUUUACGCUUUUGUACAAUAUGGUAAGGAAUACUUUACGAAUAAUAAAUGUGUGUUGUGUGUGACAUCCUGA